UUUAAGGUAUCAUGAUGUCGUCAUGAGGAAAUGGUCAGUUGACGUUGUCAUCUGUGUUGAUGCGCUGUGAAUUUCGCCGAGAAGUGAUCAGAAUUAUUAUCGGUCGUUUUUGUUAAACCCGUUAGCAACAAAUUAUAAUAUCUAUUUUUGCUAUAUUUCAGUCUGGGUAUUUUAUUCCCUAGCGCCGCGGCUAAGGUUAGCUUCUCUUUGCCACCUGCGCGUGUCUCGUUAUGAACUGCUUUGUUGUCGAGACCACCAGAUAACUUGCAUGAGCAAUUUAGAAAGUGCUAUCGAGUAUUUCUGCUGCUUUGAAUCGUUGUGAUAAUUUCCUACCACAUGCACUACAGAGAUGGAUUCUCAGAGCCAAAACCUGACCUGUGCCAUAUGUCUCGACAUAUUUCGCGUCCCUGUUACCAUCCGGUGUGGGCACUCGUUCUGUGAGAAGUGCAUCACUACCCAUUGGGACACGAAAACCAUGUCUGGUCUUGAACCGGACUGUCCCAUCUGCAAUGAGAAGUUUGCCACCAGGCCCACUGUCAAGCGUAAUGUGUCCUUGUCUCUCCUGACCGAAGCUGCGAACAGCAACACCGGGCAAUCCCGCAAAGACCCUGGGAAGGAGGAAGGACCCGAGCUUUGUGAACUCCAUCUAAAGCCUCUAGUUUAUUACUGCAAGCGUGACCAAAUGUCUGUGUGCUGCGAGUGUGCCAUCAGAGAGUGCAAGAACCAUGAUAAGGAUUUGUUGGAGACGGAAAAGAAAAAACAAAAGCUAUUAUUGGAGGAGAAAAAUGCAGAGGUGGCAAAACUCAUUGAAGAUACCAAGCAAAGUAUUAAAAACCUAACUGAAAAUAUCAACCAAGCUAAGGAGACGAUGGAGCAGAUAUCCAAUCGGGUCACCGCCAAGUUUUCCACCAUGAUAAAAAUACUCUCCGAGCGGCAGGAGGUCACCGAACGCUUCAUGGAGCAGCAGAAAGAGGCGGCCGUCUCCGAGGCAACGGCGCGUCUCUCUGACCUGGAGGAGAGCAUCCAGAAGCUGAGCGCGAGCCAGGUGAAAAUCGCAGCUCUCCACAACCUCUCCGAUACAGAGCUCAUCAAGGAAUCAAUGCUCAUAGAAGUUCCACAACUCAAGAAUAUCCCCUUCGACUUAACGCCCCAGCUGCAGGAUCGAUUAAGUGGCAUCACGGAGAUCCUGACCCGAAUCUCCAAGCUGGUUGUUGAGGACCUCGAAAGAGCCGUCUGCACAGUUGUGGGUCAUGACAUAGAAGGUUCCCCGCAGGAGAAGAGGCGCAUUCUGGCUGUGGUUCCCAAUCCGGCUGCCCCGAGCCACCCCGGUGGCAAGGAGGACCUGAGUGCUUACGGAUGCGCUCUGACGUUUGACCCCAGCACAGCCAACGGCCAUCUGGUCUUGUCACAAGAGAACCGGAGAGCCGAGCACCUGACUUCGGGUCUGCGUCACGUGGCGGAGCACGCAUCUCGUUUUGAUUCCACCUGGCAGGUGCUAUGCAGCCAGGGCUUCAAACAGGGCCGGCACUACUGGGAGCUGGAGGUGUCCAAACCGUGGGCCUACCUGGGGGUCACGUAUAGCACCAUCCCCAGAAAAGAAAAAGGUCGGAGGUGCAUGCUGGGUAUGAACGAAAUGUCGUGGAGCCUGCAGCUGGAUGAGAAGCAGCUCAACGCUUGGCACAAUAACCGGAAGGAGACCCUAGCUGGAUCUUCUCGACACGGCCGUAUCGGCAUGCUGUUGGACUACGAUGAGGGCACGCUCAGCUUUUACGGCGAUGGACACGUCAAGCUGCACGCCUUCCAUUGUGCCUUCACCCAGGAGCUCUUCCCCGCUUGCUGGAUAGGAGAAGGCGUCAGCAUUACGCUGUGCUCAACAUGAGCGUUCCAAACUUGUUUUGCUUUUUAUUUAAAAAGGAGAAAUUUGUCUCAAUUAACUCAUUCGGUAGCAGCCAAUUCUAGAUCAAGUCUGAAAAGACGGUUAAAAACGUCUUUGGGAGUGAAUGAGUUCAAUGGAAAAACAGUAAAAAAUGCAGAAAUACACUGUUAGUGAGCGUUAAAAAAUCAAAUCAUGAUUUCCCUCAUUUUAUGUCCGUCUAUUGAAGGUUGGCGGAAGCCGAAGCCUAUCCCAGUUUUGGCAUUGAGUGGGAAUUGUCAGCUCUGCGAACCACUACGCUACCAAAUCCCCCCCAUUAUGUCAAAUAGUCAUCCGAUCCCGACCACUACGGAGCAUUUUGUUUACACAUGGAGAGUUUUGCUUAUAUUACGUUACGAAGUGACACGCGCCGUAUUGUCUUGUGACAUUGCUGCAUGAAAUUUCCCACGGUUGUGUCGCCCCCUUCAAUUUUAGCCUCAACUCCCUUUUUAAAUUAUUUUUUUCAUUUACGCCUCGCCUUUUACAAAUAUGGGCAGUAAACCUAUUGCACAUGCUCAUUUGACUUUUU